AUGGCCUGGAGAAAUCAAGGCAUCACUGGGUCUAACAACAUCCCUCUCGGCACGCGGCGCCGAUUCGGAGGAGAUGAUGGCGACGCUCAGGAUGGUGGCUACACUCCCUCAUCCUCGUCUGCUGGAAUGGCUGAUUCGAGCUACAAACGUGGUCGUAGUCCAAUCAGAGAUUCUGUAGUCGAUGGCGUGAAGCGGCGCAAGAAGCGCAAUCGAUGGGGAGAUGCGCAAGAGAACAAAGCAGCAGGCCUGAUGGGUCUUCCAACAAUGAUCAUGGCCAACAUGACUACUGAACAGCUCGAAGCUUACACGUUGCAUCUUCGGAUCGAGGAGAUCAGCCAGAAGCUUCGAAUCAACGAUGUCGUGCCAGCAGAUGGAGACAGAUCGCCCUCGCCUCCGCCUCAGUACGACAACUUUGGCCGACGUGUGAAUACCAGAGAGUAUCGCUAUCGUAAACGUCUCGAAGAUGAGCGUCACAAGCAGAUUGAGAAGGCGAUGAAGAUCAUCCCGAACUAUCAUCCACCUUCUGAUUACAGACGCCCUACUAAGACACAGGAAAAGGUCUACGUGCCGGUCAACGAUUACCCUGAGAUUAACUUCACUUUUCCCAUCACCCAAGUUGGACUACUUAUCGGACCUCGUGGCAAUACAUUGAAAAAGAUGGAGACAGAAUCCCAGGCUAAAAUCGCCAUUCGAGGCAAAGGAUCUGUCAAAGAAGGCAAGGGUCGUUCUGACGCAGCUCACACUAGCAACCAGGAAGAAGAUUUACAUUGCUUGAUCAUGGCAGACACCGAGGAGAAGGUCAACAAGGCGAAAAAACUCAUCCAUAACGUUAUCGAGACCGCAGCUUCGAUCCCCGAGGGACAGAACGAACUUAAACGGAAUCAACUGCGCGAACUCGCAGCUCUAAACGGUACCCUCCGAGACGAUGAGAAUCAAGCUUGCCAGAACUGUGGGCAAAUCGGCCACCGUAAAUAUGACUGUCCUGAGCAGCGCAAUUUCACGGCCAACAUCAUUUGUCGUAUCUGUGGCAAUGCUGGCCAUAUGGCUCGAGAUUGUACCGAAAGACAGCGAGGAACGGACUCCCGGAAUGAGAUCCCAGGUGGAUUCGGUGCACCACAGAAACGUCUUGGUGGUGGUGAUGCUGUUGACAGGGAAUAUGAGCAACUGAUGAAUGAGCUCUCUGGCAACCCAGCUGCCGCGAACGGCGACAUGCCACCUCAACGCAUUGAAGCCGGGCCUGGCAUGUAUGAUCAGGGCGAGUCCUAUGGUGGGGAUCGCGAUUUGAAGCCAUGGCAACGCCAACCUACGGGUGGAGCAGCUCCAUGGCAGCGUGAUCGCAACGAGCGUCCUCGUGACGACUAUGGCUCUCGGGAUCAGGGAGGCACAUCAGCACGUCCAUGGGCAAGCGGGAACCGGGAGAAUGACAAUUAUGGAGGCUACGGUGGACCUCCUGGUGGUGGUGCUGCUCCCUGGCAACAGCAGCAGCCGCCUCCGCCAGCUCCUCCAGGUGGACAACCGGCUUACGGGUAUGGAGCUUAUCCAGGAUCUGGCUAUGAUCAAGGCUAUGGCGCGCCUCCAGCAGCAGCUCCUCCAGGGCUCAGCUCAUUCCUGCAAUAUGGAGGAGCUCCACCACCACCUCCGGGUGAUGCCCCGCCUCCUCCCCCACCUUCAGGAGAUGCUCCGCCGCCGCCGCCAUCUGACUACCCUCCACCACCGCCACCAUCAUAA